AUGUCUACAUCUGUCGAACAAAGCAAACCCCGGGAUUUGCACUCCGAGAAUACCAGUAUCAUUGUCGACGCAGACGCCGAAAAGAAGCUUGUCCGAACAAUCGAUCUCUAUUUGAUGCCUUCAAUCUUCAUUCUUUACCUCUUCUCCUACAUGGACAGAUCAAAUAUUGGCCUAGCAAAAAUUGCCGGAAUGGAAGAGGAUCUGCACCUCACAUCACAUCAAUACUAUACAGCCGUGAUAGUAUGGGUGAUUGGCUACACAAUCUCUGCAGUGCCAUCAAAAAAGAACGAGCAAUCAAAACGAUUCAUCAUCUUCCUGACCGCAGGUAUACUCUCAGGAGCCUUCGGAGGCGUAAUCUCAGGAGCUAUUACCUCAACCUUAGAUGGCGCAUACGGUAUCCGCGGGUGGAGGUGGCUCUUCAUCGUUGAAGGAGUCACAACAACCGGAGUAAGUAUAAUCGUCCACUGGACCCUCCUCGACUACCCACACAGCAGUCGCGGGCUAUCCCCCGAAGAACGCAUACUAGCCCAGCAGAGACUCAUCGAAGACGGGAUCGCCGACCAAGAUGACUCAAAAAACCAAAAUAUUUCUAUCUUUAUACUCCUCCUCCAAGCAAUCUCACAUUGGCGAACCUGGAUACUAAUCCCGGGUUACAUGGCUAUCCUGGGAGCUUCGGCUAUCUCAUACUUCUAUCCAACGUUAAUCAACGAUAUGGGAUACACCGCAACAGCUGCGCAGUACAUGACGGCUCCGCUCUAUAUUGCUUCUCUAGCUGCUGCUAUUCCCAUUUGCUGGUUCGCUGACCGAAACCCCCAUGGUAGGGGACGGCUAUUGGUGGGCAGUAUGAUUGUCGGUAUGGUGUUUUUCGCUUUUACGGCUGGUAUUCGAAACUCUACUGCGCGAUAUCUGUUUUUGUGUUUUAUUAAUAUGGCUCUCUGGACGGGGAGUGCGCUGGCUCUUUCGUUUACUACAACGGCUCUGGCUUCGGUUACUCGUGAUGUUCGUGCGAUUAUGCUCGCCUGGAUGUCUGGCGUUUCUGCUUUGGCGCAAUUAUAUGGGAGUGCCCUGUUUCCAGCAGAAGACUCGCCUGCGUAUGUCGUUGGGUUUUCGGUAUUUGCGGCUACUUUUGCUGUCGGGGCUGUUUGUUUUGGCAUUGCAGAUGUUUUGUUCAAGCGUUACCCAUGA